UGAAAAAGUGGGAUAUAAAGUAGUUCAUAGCCUCUUAAUUUUGAGUAGAAAGUGCAUGAAAAAGCCUGGGAGGGAAUGGUGGAAGUCUCUGGCUGGUGACAUUAUAGUGAUUUUUAUUUUCUUCUUUCUACUCUUACAUAUUUUCAAAAACACCUAAAAUAAGAAUUUAUUACUUUCUAAAUAGAAAAUAAAAGAAUGUAGUAGACACUAAAGUAUUUUAUUUAGUUGGUUAAAAUUAGAAAUAUAAGAUGUUAUUGUGCCUGUGUUAGAUGUAUAAUGCCUUUGAAAAGCAGAACCCUAAGUAAUACCGAUACCAGUGCCUUUUGUGUUCAGUCUAUUCAGCCUGACUUUCUUACUUUGUUUAUUAUAAUAAUUUUUGUUCACAGAAAAGAAGACAAACAGGAAGCUUCCUCAUCAAUGACACAGCGAUCUUUUGUUCAUUUUUUUCCAACACGGUUAUCUUCCGAUGACACGACGUUGCCAUUUUCACGGUCCUUAUCCCAUGAAAUGCCUCUCAGUUGCUAUGUGUCUAGCUCUCAGAUUAGUGGAUUAACUACAUCAACAAGUGAAGCAAAGGCUUCUAAAUCUAGUCCAAUGAACCAUCCCAAAAUAGAAAACAGCUUGGGAGUCAGCAGUUGCACAGUUCCAAAGAAACAGACCCCAUUCCUUGCUUCUGAGGCCUCUGUGAUUGGGGAAGGGGAGGAUUAUUUCCAUUCCCUGUUUGGUGACUCAAAGAAAAUUAUUACAUGCUCAAGCCACCUGGAAAAAACUUGGAAGCACUUUCCUAUGGUUCUUGAUGAAGUUGGUCACUUUAGAUCCAGUGCUCUUGGACAUAUUAAAAUAGCCGAUGUGAAUGUCAACGGUUUAUUUGUGAGGCUUAUCAACUCUUCCCAUGACAAAGAAUUGGAGAUUGGAGAUCAUAUUCUCCAGCAGAACUUGAAUGGCCAGACAGUUGCUUCGUACAGAUUCCUUCCAAAAAUUAUAAUGCAGGCCAAUUCCACAGUAACAGUUUGGGCAGCAGCAUCUGAAGCAAAGGACCAGCCCCCCUCAGAUUUUCUUUGGAAGGAGCAAAACAAGUUCAGAACAAGUCCGAAUUGUACAACGAUUCUGUGCAAACCUAAUGGUGAGGCUAUUGCCUGGUACACUCCUAUUCACUGGAAGCAAGCAUGGGCGAAAUUAGAGACCGACAUUGAAUUUAACAGAUGCUCAGUGGUAACUGCAACACCUCAAAAGAACAUGUUCCAGUGGCCAACAUCUAUAACUAAAGAAAAACAAGAUCAACAAGGCACCACACCAUGUCAGAUGGAAUACAUUCAACUUGUUAUUAAAAGAAAAAAAGAAAUCCCACCAACCCUUUUCCCCACUCGCAGUCCUUGGUGUCACAAUCCUAAUGUCCCUGGACAUCCUUACUGUCCUCUGACUAAACUGCAUGAUAUAUGCAGUGCUGGAAGACACUCCGUCAGAGAGCCCAGUCCUCGGUCAUCCAAGCCUGAUCCAGCUCCAGCUGCCUCCAUUUGUGAUGAUUCUCAUGUUCACACUGGGAAUAUAAACAUACAGCCAAAAAGGACUCUGGCGACUAUGGCCAAUGAGCCAUCUCACCCUUGA